AUGACAAACUGGACGAACGCGUCCACCUGUUUGUGCGUCGUGGAAACACCGGACAACACAACAGAGACAGAUUUGGACUUGGAGCUUGAAUACCCGGUCCAUCUCUAUCCUGUGCCAGUGUUAACCGGGAUAACGGUGACCUGCUCGCUACUUUUCCUGGUUGGGAUGAGCGGAAACCUGCUGACUAUCCUGGUGGUGCUGAAGUACAAGGACAUGAGGACCACCACUAACCUGUACCUGUGCAGCAUGGCGCUGUCGGACCUCCUGAUCUUCCUGUGCAUGCCGUUGGACCUGUAUCGGGUGUGGCGCUACCGGCCCUGGAACCUUGGUGAACAUCUGUGUAAGCUCUUCCAGUUCAUCAGUGAGAGCUGCACCUAUUCAGCAGUGCUGAGCAUCACGGCGCUGAGCGUGGAGCGCUACAUGGCCAUCUGCUUCCCGCUCCGGGCCAAAGUGCUGGUGACCCGUGGACGUGUGAAGACGCUCAUCCUACUGCUGUGGCUCGUGGCUCUGUGCAGUGCAGGACCCAUCUUUGCUCUGGUGGGUGUUGAGCAUGAGAACGGUACCGACCCACAUGCGACCAACGAGUGCAAAGCGACUGAGCAUGCGAUCCGGUCCGGAUUGCUCACCGUCAUGGUGUGGAUCUCCAGUGUGUUCUUCUUCCUGCCUGUGCUGUGCCUCACUGUGCUCUACAGCCUCAUCAGCCGGACUCUGUGGAGGAGGAGGAAGAACCCAGUGGGACCUGUGUCAAGUCGAGACAAAAACAACACGCAGACAGUAAAGAUGUUAGCGGUGGUGGUCUUUGCAUUCGUUCUCUGCUGGCUGCCAUUCCACUUGGGCCGCUAUCUGUUCUCCAAAUCAUCUGAAGCUAAUUCUCCACUAAUUACUCAAAUCAGCGAGUACUGCAACCUCGUCUCCUUCGUUAUGUUUUAUUUCAACGCAGCCAUCAACCCCAUUCUCUACAACAUCAUGUCCAAGAAGUACCGGAUGAUGGCCUGCAGACUCUUCGGGGUGAGAUGCACUCAAGAGCGCUCGAAGUCGACCGUGUUGAAUUCGGAGAACUGUCCAGUGUGGAACGAGUCCAGUGGAACCACAUGA